CUAGUUCGUUUCUGCAUUUCUCGUUUGUUGCUUGAAGUAAGAAGGAGAAGAGUUGGUCUUGGCAAUUUUAAUAACAAAAGAAGUUAUUGAAUAUUAAAAAAAGACUAAAAUAAUACAAAAAACGCGGCGUCGAGGUUUGUCCGUACUGAAUUUAGUAAAGAACAGUUAUAUUAUUGCUAGGAAACACGUUUUACACCGAGGAAAAAAUUCCCCAAUUUUUGUUAUCAGAAAGUGAAAAAUAAAGCAAAUGACAAAAUAGUAGCAGCGAGUAUUUUGUAGAAAGUUGUUCAAAGGAUGAGGCGGUAAUAGAAGAAACGAUAGAAACAAAAUACGGUGAAAGCAAAACAAACCCAAUAAAUGCAUUGUAAGCGGAAACUUUAAUGGGAAACAGUGCCAGUGCGUCCAGGAAUGAGCAGGCCACAACGUCGUCCAAGCAACGGAAGCAGCAGGAGAGCAACGCAAAACAACAGUUGAGUGAGCAGAUACGGGACAAAGACUUGAACGAGCAGAAGGCCUUAGAACUAGAACUACAAGAACAGAACGAUAGCCACACCAAAAGAAGCAACAUACACAGGACGCGCAGUAAAAGUGCUAGCACCAGCAAGAAAGCAGAACUGACUGAAACAGGACAUACCAGUGAGGAGCGAUCAGCUGCUAACGUUUACGGAACACAUCGCACACGACAGAUUUCCGCUUGGAGUUUCGGCAGUUUAAGUGGCCGUCUAAAUUGGAGCUUUUCUGGUGGUGCUAAUAGAAAUUCAUUCCACAAUCGCAAUAAGUCAAUCAGGAAAAGUUUAACGUCAGCACAGCAGCGGCGCUCCAAGACUCAAUGGCAUAAGCCGCUUACCAAUGCAAUUUUCAGUUCGCAUUUCAAGGAGGCCAGUCGAAACGAACAAUUCCACAUUGCACAUCUGGUGGCCAGGGGCGCGUUCGGCGUUGUCUUUAAAGUAAUUAACAAGCGCUACGCGCAAGAAUUGCAGCAGCAACAGUCAUCAGUGGCGGUGCAAAAGAAAGACGUUCGCACAUUAACGCUAUCACAUCCUGCGCCUAUUUACGCACUCAAAGUGUUGAAAAAGUCCAGAAUAAUUGAGGAGAACGGCGUGCAGCAAAUAAAAGACGAAGCGGAUAUUCAGAAGUUGUGUGGCCAUCACCCUUUUAUCGUGCAACAAGUGGAUUCGUGGCAGAAUCGCCGUAAUUUACAUAUACUUUUAGAAUAUGUGCCGAAUGGUGAACUCUUCUCCAAACUGACUCACUUUUCCUUGGAUCUUAUACGGAUAUAUCUAGCGGAAAUCGCCCUGGCAAUUGACUUUUUGCACAAUGCUGGUGUAAUAUACCGUGACGUUAAACCUGAAAACAUUUUGCUGACCACCAAUUUUCACAUCAAAUUAACUGAUUUCGGACUCAGUAAGUGGCUGCGCUUGGGCGCAACUACGAGAACUAUGUGCGGCACUUUCCAAUAUAUGGCUCCCGAAGUAUUGCGUGGUGAGCCCUACGGUCAUGCUGUCGAUUGGUGGUCACUGGGAAUGCUUGCCUGCCAGAUGCUCAUUCAAACGUUUUUCGAUUUCAUAUUCAACUGCUAACUCGUUUCUGGAUGG